GGAUCGGAUCCCUCCCCCUCUCUCGUCUCUCCCUUUAUUAAUUAUUUAAUAUAAACUUGGGCUGGAGUGUGAAAUAAUAAAAUAAAAUAAAACAGUGCAGUUUAUUGUGUCUGCUAGCCACGGGUUGACCGAAUUUGUGUGAUAAAGAACAGUGCGGCCGACCUGGACAAAUUCAUAUUAACAACAAGUUCCUACUUGCUUGCUAUCCCUGCUGAGCUAUCCGAAUCCGGAGAAAGCAGGCAGAGUGCACGGGCUAUAGGGAGAAAGUUCUGGCCGUGUGUAGAGUACGUUGAGGUGGGUAGAGUAGAAUCCAUAGUGUUGUUUGUUCCGCAACCUCCACUUUGUAUAUACUCCAUUUACUCCGAUUCGGAAUCCAGGCCAAGUCAACCCAUUUCAUCUUGAACUUGGGCAGAACGAUGGUGUUUUCAAGAGGGACAACCAUAUAGAACUACGAUACACAUUGUGCCUCAAGGAAAUCGACCAUAUACAUAGUUUGCAUCGACGGAAAGUAAAAACUAAACUUGGUGCAUAAAAUAGGUCGUGGCGUGGUUUAUAAAAUUGUGUCCCCUCUGCAACUACUCUGUCGCUAAUGGUGGAAGAGGAGGAGGAGGAAAAUAAUAAUCACGAGAAAAAGUGGGUUAGUAGUGGCGUGUUGUUGGUGGUGAUGGUGGUGGUGGAGCAGUUUUCGGAGUUUUCGGGACCUAUUUCGUCUGCGCUGCCCUUGAACUAGAAAUCCCCGCAAUAGAAUUACGACGACGUCUCCUGACCCACUUUCUCCCACCUCCUCCCAUUCUCACCACGCUCCUCCAGGUCUCCUUGCGACACACACACCCUCUUCACCUCCUCUUCAGUUACCUCGACUCUUAUUGUCCAUGCUCCUUAGUCCUCCGACAACAACAAUAACAUCACCUACGCACAGCCAAAACGGCUGCACCCAUAGGUCUCACUUUUUUUAGAGUCAAGGUAAUUACACAACAGACUCAAACAACCUGCUACCCGACGCAACCAUUCAUUAACAACCGUUCCAAGUUUUUCUCUGAUAAAAAUACCAUCUCAAAAUAUAAGCCUACACAUUUCCCUCGCUUUAAAUAACCAAAGAAAAUAAAUCAAGAAACGUAAAACAAAUAUCUUAAUCACCAGAAUAAAUACGACACCUUUAAUACUGCAUCACAGAAUUCGGUGACUGAAUGAGUGGUGUCUGUUUUACUCAUUAAAAUUGUUUAUUUUGACUAUCAAAGUAAGUGAUUUAGACCUGAAUCUAAACGAAAUUGAAAUUGUGUUAAAAAAAUCAAUUGUUUAUUUUACUGCCGACGACCUGGAAAAAGUUUAAUACUAAAUAUAAGCAGCUCAACGUUAUAAUAGCAUAAAAUAUGCGACUAACAAAAGUGCGACUUAUAUAAACUUGCUACAGAAUUCAUUCUCAAGAAUGUGAUUUGCAAUGUACCUAAAUAGCGUAGACUGCAAACAUUGGGAAAGUAUAGACAAAAUAUAAUAAUAUCGACUCCUCCAGAUCAGAGAGUCAUACACAUGUAUAAUUUGAGUUAAUAAAUACAAUUCAUUUUAAUACUAGUUACUACAACCUUAGCCCCCGGUAAUGAACUUUGGAUCAUGGAAUGUGGCUUUAAAAUUUGAAUCGCCUUAAUUUCCCUAUCCGUUUCUCUGUUUGCCAUCACCAGAUAUUCUAACGAUCUACCUGAACUAAAGACAAUCAUUGCUUUAAAGGAGAACAAAUAAUUUGAAUAUCUCAUAGGAAUCACACAACUAAAUACUAAAUAUACAAUUGUCCCGUCCUGUUCCUAACUCUGAUCUGAACCCCUUCAUUCCCCAAGCCAUCAUCCAAGGCAAGUCAAUCUAUUACUGAAAUAUAUAAAUCCCACAAAAAGUGUUCCAUCAACGACCACGCCAAUAUUAUUUCACUUUUAAAACUGAGAAACUCUCUGCAAGCUUUAAUCUCAACGUAACCGGUGAACACUUUUGCUGCUGCUGCUGUAUUACUUAUUACCUGUGAAGCUAUUCUCCGACCUUGACACACAUUUAUAUUUAGAAGUUGAAAAGUAUUGCCAAAUCACAUAAAACAUUGGCAAAUCUAAAAAUCCUACAUCAGGAACAUAGUUUACUUACUACUACGAAAAAAUCAAUCACUGGUUGGAACUAGUAAUUACCUUCCCUACUUGCGGUGGUCGGGUUGGGUGAUCCUUGACUAGAUAUGCAUAAGCUCAUUGGUCUAUAGAACUGUAUGCAGUUGAAUACUUAAAAACGAAUAAUUUCAACCAACGAGUACCGCAUAACACGACAACUAAAUACCUGAGACCAAUUUCUAAUUACAAUAAAUUAAAAAAUAAGCGUUCGUCAAAAUGCACGAGGAGGACGAAGCCAGUACGACAUCGGUGGAGAAAGUUGUUAUCAUUGAAAUUGGCCCAGAACAAGCCGAGGGUAGCUCCACCUCAGAAUCUCAUCAUGACAAUUUGGACAACUCCAACAGCACGACGGCCGAGUCUCCUCCCUUCACGGGGGGUAACCAGUCAUCGGGAGCCACCCCCAGUGGGCUGGAGUACACGACGGCUAUUUGUCAGGACCAGCCGGAUACAAAGGAGGGGAUCGAAGAGUUGUGUCCCGUCUGUGGGGACAAAGUGUCCGGCUACCACUACGGCUUGCUCACGUGCGAGUCCUGCAAGGGUUUUUUUAAACGCACUGUCCAGAACAAGAAAGUCUACACCUGCGUCGCCGACAGAAACUGCCACAUUGACAAAACACAACGAAAGAGGUGUCCAUAUUGCAGAUUCCAGAAAACUUUGGCUGUUGGUAUGAAACUGGAAGCCGUCCGAGCUGACCGAAUGCGGGGUGGACGAAACAAAUUCGGACCGAUGUACAAGAGGGACAGAGCCAGAAAAUUACAAAUGAUGCGUCAACGACAAUUAGCUAUCCAACAAGCUCGUCAACAAGGUUUAGCCAUCGUAUCUGACACCCUCCCGUUGUCCUACAGCAAUGGAUCUCCUUACGGACAAGGCGUCACGAUUAAGCAAGAAAUUCAAAUACCUCAGGUGUCUUCAUUGACCUCAUCCCCCGACUCCUCGCCAUCUCCUCUCGCCACCCUGGGCAUGGUCAACGGUUCGGGACAAUCAAGUAUAAACCUGGCAGAUCCCAAACUCUGGGCCACUUCCUCCACGUCCCCAAAUUCGUCAUCUACAAAGCAUUUUGUGUAUGAUUCCAAUAACCCGUCUGCCAAUAACUCAUCAAUUGGAAAUCAACAUGCUGGAAAUGACCCAUCCCAGGGCCACAUUGUGAGCGUUGACCACAAUUCUUCGGGACAAAAUUCAACAUCUAGUUCUAGCGUCGGAAGCAAAAUGCCACCCCUGAUUAGAGACCUUUUAUCGUCAUUAGAUGACAAGGAGUGGCAACAUUCCUUGUUCAAUCUUUUGCAGAAUCAAACUUAUAACCAAUGCGAGGUCGAUUUGUUUGAGCUGCUCUGUAAAGUUCUAGAUCAAAACCUCUUUGCACAGGUGGACUGGGCAAGAAACUCCAUCUUCUUCAAGGACCUCAAGGUGGACGAUCAAAUGAAGCUACUUCAAUAUUCUUGGUCGGAUAUGCUCGUUCUCGACCACAUUCACCACCGUGUACACAAUCAUUUACCAGACGAUGCACCCCUUCCCAACGGACAAAAGUUUGAUCUGCUGUCCCUCGCCCUAUUAGGCGUCCCUGCCUCCAUCGAUCGCUUCAAUGAGGUCACCUUAAAGCUCCAGGAAAUUAAGUUUGAUCAAGCGGAUUACAUUUGCUUAAAGUUCCUCCUGCUUCUUAAUCCAGACGUCAAGUCGUUGAUGAGUAGGAAGCAUGUUCAGGAAACUCAUGACCAUGUGCAGCAGUCGCUUCUCACCUAUUGCAUAAACUGCUACCCACAAGUUCAAGAAAAGUUCACCAAGCUUCUUACUCUACUGCCAGAUAUACGGCAAGUAGCAUCAAGGGGUGAAGAUUACCUGUACUUUAAGCACAUUAACGGAGGAGCUCCAACCCAAACCCUUCUUAUGGAAAUGCUACACGCGAAAAGAAAAUAAGCUUCGUCACAUAGUCUCCAAAAAGAAAGCUACUACUUUUAUUUGCUGACUUAUGUAGUUGUAUUGGAUAAUAAAGAAGCUCUAGAGAUACUCACUAUAUAUGUAACUAUCGAUGACCUGUAAAUGAAUGAUGAAACUGUAAAUGGUGAUGAAAUGAAGAAAGAAGAAAAAAUUUAUUUGUCAUAUUAACGUGUUUAGUAAAGGACGAUAAGAAUGAAGAAACUACUGGCUGAGACUAGAUUUUGAUAGCAAAAUAUUAUAUUUUUGAAGGCCGUGUUGUUGUGAAAGAGAAUCUUCAGUUACUGGAGAUCGAGGAAGGCAAAUCUGUGAUCUUGAUGGUGGUGGUGUUUGUUAUUUUUUAAAGAUAGUUUCUUAAUUUCCCUUUUUCUUUAUUCUUGUUGGGAAGAGGAAUGAUACGGUUUAAUUGUAAACUUUCAUUGUAAACUCUGGUACCUAAUAAUCUUAGCUAAAUUAUACACUAAUAUUAUUACGAAGAGGAAUAUUCAGAACACAGAGGGACAUCAUGCAUGUUGCCUGCAGAGGGGGUAACCGAGGGGUAAAUGUAAAACUGAGGUUAUUUGGAGUUAACUGACAAUUCAUUUGUUGAAGCCGUACAAUCUAUUUUUCUAUGUAGUAUUAGUUAUUGGUGAGAGGUAGUAGUAAUAUAAAGCAGUGAAUAGUAGCCAAAGCUGUGUGUACAUACAAUUUUUUCGUAGGGCCUAUUUUGGUGUUCUUUCUAUUAAUAUUAUUAUUAUUAUUGGGGUGGUUUUGGGUAAUUUAAAAUGGGUUUUAGCAUAGCAGACAUAUUAAUUAAUUUAAAUGUAACGUUACAUAGUCCAUGUUGUUUUCACAAUUUCGCCAAGUAAAGAUGAUUUAUUGUUUUUUUAGAGAAAUAUUUCUAAAAAUUAAUUUUGUCAACUCGUCACUUAUGAAACUAUACUACACACUACAAACCACAGCGCUCGUUGUUAUAUGUACUUUAUACGUUGCAUAGGACGUACAAAUUAACGGUAGCUGUAGAAUUAUAUGUUUUUGUAAACAGUUGAUGAUCCAUCACUACUAUCUCCUUUUGAUUUACAUAUUAUUAUCAUUCGUACGUAAACGCUACAUGGAUUGUUUGACUGUGGUGUGAAUGUUGUGGUGACGCUGUGGCGAGUGACUUCUGCCCGAGAGUAUUGUUACACGACGACGAGUGUACCAAAUUGUAACCUCUUAUUUAUGUUGUUAUAAUUUACAAUGAUCUGUAAAACUAGCAGUAAAGUGUUUGAUGUUGUCAUUAUGCUGAUGAUGAGAUUUGUGCGUGCGAACUUGAGGCGAGGGUGCAUGAAUUAGAUGACAUUCCAUUCUGACAAUCGGACAGAAAAAAUGUGUUGAUAAUCAUUGUUUCAUUUUUACAUAUAUCGAGGAGGGGUAUGUAAUAAACCACCUGUUUCUGUUGUUUAAGUUAAUUUUUCAGUGCUAUUAGACCAUCAUCAUCAUUUGAAUAAGUACUAGUUGAUAAAAGAAGAAAAAAAGAGUAUAAUAAUUUUCCUUGUUCUGUUCUGUUAAAAAAAUGUAGCUGAAAUUAUUUGAAAGUAUAUAUGAAUGUUUUUGUCACGAUGCUUCAUAGCCUGUCCAAAUUUAUAAAUAAAACGCUAACUCGUUCAUUAAA